AUGCGUCCUACUGCUGUUUCUAUUGUGAUCUCACUGGUCGGCUCCGCAGCCGCCGAGACUGUCCAUGGCGUUGUUGUCUUCAGUCGCCAUGGAGAUCGAACAACGAAGCAUUAUGGAGCUCAGUCAUUGACCAGCGUCGGUGCCCAGCAGUGUUUCGAGGUUGGCAGUGACUAUCGAACCCGCUAUCUGGAGGCGGACUCUUCUAGUCGGAUUCUCAACAUCUCCGAGGAUAAAUACGUCUCCUCGCAAAUCUACGCCAGUGCCCCCGACCAAGGCAUCUUGUUGAACACAGCCACAGCAUUCCUACAAGGUCUCUAUCCUCCGUUAGUAGGCCUCAAUGCUCAGGUUGCGUCGUCGACCCUCAACAACGGCAGCACAAGUACAAGCCCCCUGAACGGCUACCAGUAUGUUCUCCUUCACGGAGAGAACUCUAAUUCACCAGACACCAUAUGGAUCAAGGGCGAUGAUGGAUGUCCCACAAACGCCAAGGCUUACAAGGCCUUCGAAGCAAGUGAAGAGUUCCAAACCCGUGUCACGGAGACCAAGGACUUUUACGGCAGCUUCUACGAUGUGCUCGAGAGUGUGUACGACUACAAGCCCGAGAACAUGACGUACAAGAACGCGUACGAUAUCUUUGACCUGGUCAAUGUGGCUCGCAUCCACAACAGCACAUCUUUGGCCCGGAACGUGACGGAUGAGGAGCUCUUCCAGCUGCGAACAUUGGCAGACAGCGCCGAGUUCGGUUACAACUUCAAUGCGUCUAAGCCCGACAGCACCAUUCAUGCAAAGACUCUUGCGGCUGGCAUCCUUGCCCAACUCAACCAAACCGUUGCUUCCAAGGGGAAACUCAAGUUCUCCCUCCUCGCAGGGAGCUACGACACUUUCAUGUCCUUUUUUGGUCUUACUGAUCUCAUCACCAUUUCUGAUGAUUUCUACGGUCUGCCGGACUAUGCCUCGACGAUGGCGUUUGAGCUCGUCAGCGACAACACGACUGUGUUCCCCGCUAAUGUCGAUGCCGACCUUCGCGUGCGCUUCCUGUUCCGUAACGGCACCUUCGGCGAACUGACCGCGUUUCCUCUUUUCGGUACUGCGGAAGAGACUCUGUCAUGGCCGCGCUUCGUCGAAGAGAUGCAGAAGAGAGCCAUCAGCACCGUGGAGGAGUGGUGUACCGCCUGCUCCAGUCUUGUGUCAUUUUGUGCAGCUUACCAAGGUGAGGAGGCCGUGAACUCCAGCUCAGGGAGCGGUGGAGGCAUGUCGAACGCUGUUGCCGGUAUUAUUGGUGCCAUGGUCACUCUCGGUGUUGUUGCUAUCAUCGGUGCCAUUGCUUUCUUCAUGAUGAAGGAGCGACGCGCAGCUCCUGGUUCUCAAGUCCAAGGAUCUGCAGCUGAGAAAUCCAGUUUGCGCAGUGGUGGUAGCGUUUAA